AUGGGUCUAAUGUUAAAGGAACGUUUUUUUUUUCGAAAUCCGAGGACUAUAAAACAAACACCCGUAACGGAUUGUGUCAGACCGUUCUUCGAGCAGAUACGAAACUACCAAAAUGAAACUGUUUGUGUUUGUACUUUGUGUGAUGGCCCUGUUUUUGGGAGAGAAUCAGGCCCAAGCUCAGGGUAAGGGCGACGCCAGUGGUGGCGGUAGCGCCGGCGGCGGUGCCGGAGGCGGUGCCGGAGGCGGUGCUGGAGGCCAAGCCGGUGUUGGCGGUGGAGCUGGGUUUGGUUUCGAACUGGGUGGCGGAGCGGGGGCGGGCGGAAACGUGGGGGCUGGAGGCGGCGCUGGUAAAAAAUAAAGAAAACUCGGAUAGCGGAAUGGGCAGUAAGAGGCGACAGCUGCGCGUAGAUUAAAUUUGAUUUUAUGUUUCGAUAAAAGUGAAUAAAAGCUGUAAGAAA